CAAUCUCCUCCAUCUCGCUCCCCUCAAAAAAAAAAAAAUCUCCUCCAUCUCGCCGCGAUCUCCACCGAAUCCCGACACCGGCGAUGGCCGCCGCCCUCCGCUCCUCUUCCGCCGCCGCCGUGCGCCGCGUUCUCCGCAUAUCCCAGGCCGCCUUGACCACGCUCCCCUCCCCUUCACGUCCUGCCGCGGUGGUGCCGUUCUCGCGCUCGAUCGCCGCCAUCUCAGGUGGCAACAAUGCUUUCUCGUGCAACUUCAGGCGCUUGCUCAGUUCAAAUGAAAAGCAUCUGCCCGCGAUGUCUGACCCAGAAAUUGAAUCUGCUUUCAAGGAUUUGAUGGCUGCUAGCUGGAGUGAACUUCCACAGUCUCUUGUAGAGGAAGCAAAGAAAGCCGUAUCAAAAGCUACCGAUGAUGCAGCUGGUCAAGAGGCUUUGAAAAAUGUAUUUCGUGCAGCUGAGGCAUGUGAAGAAUUUGGUGGAGUUUUAAUUACCCUGAGAAUGGCUCUUGAUGACCUUUGCGGUCUAACUGGUGAGAACGUGGGCCCCUUGCCUGGUUAUGUAGAAGAUGCUGUGAAAUCCACGUAUAGUCGAUACAUGACAUAUCUGGAAUCUUUUGGCCCCGAUGAACAUUACCUACGAAAGAAGGUGGAGAGUGAGUUGGGGACAAAAAUGAUUCACCUUAAAAUGAGAUGCAGUGGCAUAGGGUCAGAGUGGGGAAAGAUCACCCUGAUUGGUACCUCAGGGAUCUCUGGGUCCUAUGUCGAGCUAAGGGCAUGAAGGAAGGUUGCAAAUGAGAACCAUGGCAGAACAUCGAUGAACUGAAGCAAAACCACAUAUCAGAACCAGGUGUUCCAUAUUCUUUUCAUUUCCUGUGUAGCUAGCGUGCAAAUAACAACUAAAUCAUCAAACAUCGGUGCAAACUUGAAGCAACUCUUUGUGUUCCAGUCUGCUGUAAUAAUAACAUAACGUGUCUCAGCUGGUUCGUGUCGGUUUUGUCUUGCUCCUCUGUGCUUUAAUAGCUUUAUGCUGCCCUAGUCUGGCGUGCGUGAAAUCUGUUGCUGCUGGCAUCUCUCAACACCUCAGAGAUUGUUUAGUUUUGCCCUAUGUUUUGUAUCCCUUCUUUUACA